GUCAUUGGUAUAUUUUUUUUUAAAUAUAAUUUUAAAAUAAUAUAAUAUUAAAAUAAUACAUUGCAAUUUUCUAAGUUAUAAUAAAAUCCAAAUGUGCUGCAAAAACUACUGAAGUUGCAUGUUGUUGAUGCUAAUGGUACAAGCUACACUGAUGUUACAAGAGAUCAAUGGUUUUAUGCAUAGUGCUUGAUAUUUUGCAUCAUAUACUGUUAGUUAGAUAUAAAGGAAAAUUUAUUGAAGGAAAAAAAUGUUAAGGAAUUGUUUAGCUGUGUCAACACUAGUUCUUGGGUUGAUGGGAUUCAUAUUUUUAUGUGUGAGUUCUGGAACAACUCGUUGGAAAGAAGAUAUUGAUUUCUAUAAAGGGACCAGAGCUUAUCUUGGUUUGUGGAGAGGAUGUAUAUAUAGUCAAGCAAAGGAAGAGAUUGGUUAUCCAUCAUACUACAAUUGUGACAAAGAUUAUCUUCGACCUUAUUUAAUUGAGCCACCACCUUGGUUUAAUGCAGUUCGAUCUCUUAUGAUGCUGGGCUGUAUGGGUACUGGUUUUGGAAUUUUUUUCUUUUUGUUGGCUUUCAUAACAGAUAACGCUAAAAAGACUGGUAGUAAAUACUGGCCUUCUGCUCUUGUCAUAUUUUUUGGAGGUUUAUGUGCCCUGAUUGGACUAAGCAUAUUUACAGCUCAUAAAAGAUAUGGUGUUAAGUAUAUAUAUGGAGGUGGUGAGUUUUUUGCACAAUAUUGGGAGGAAGUUCAACCUAUUGCAGUCAUUAAUGGUGGAGAAUAUAAAGUCGAGACAUGGUUACGUUGGUCUUACGGAGUGGGAUGGGGUGGUGUUGGUUGGACAUUUUUUGCUUUACUUUGUGCUAUAUGCGCUGAUUUAAUUCCGAAAGCUGAUUAUUAAAAAAGGAGGUUCUUUAUCAACUAAAUUGAGUACAUAUUUUUAAACUAUUGAUAUAGAGGCUGAUUCAAAAAAGUUAGUUUUGGAUUACAUAAACUAAUGGUAUUGAUAUUUUAUUUCUUUGUGAAUAUUUUUAUUUACUUUGUGCAUCAAAAAUGUAAGUAGGGUUUUAUUUUUUUGGAUAGGUUUGUUUUUAAAGUUUAUAUAACACUUAAUUUAAUAUUUGUGAAUUUUUAUAUAUUAAUAAUGGUUUUAUAUUUUGGUUAUUUAAUUGAAUGCUUUCGUUUUAAGACAUAAAAAUGGGUAAAAAUUUAGUACUUAUACGUCACAGUUGCAAUGAUUAGUAUCACAGUGUAUUAAUGUUAUUUUUUUUUUUGUUGUUUUUUUUUUAUUAAAAUAGUGAUGAGUAAUCUGUUUUCUUUUAGAAUC